CACUAUAGCCUCGCUUUCCUGUUUUGUGGGGCACCAGGAACAUUACCAGAUCAUCGCUCAGACGUACGUGCGGUUGGCCCCCAUCAAAAACCUCAAUAACUUUUCUCAAACAACGUCGUCAAUACGAUAAAACCGCGACGUCUCUCAAAUAAAACUCAAUCGCGAACUAAAAUCUCUCAUAAAGAUUAUUAAUUGUAAUCCUUGAAAGAUUAAAUUUUAAGUGAAUUUGUGAUUUGUUGAGUGCUGUAUCUUAUUUUGGUGUUUUUUUUUAAUAAAAUUGUUUGAAAUUCUUUAAGGCAUGGAUUCAGUGUAUCCAGAACCGAUGUCUCGUCUUCAUAGAAGAGUAGUUCCUAAGAAAAGAAGAGGAACAUCAACGAGAUAUAGAACACAACCGGUUACAUUUUCGGAAAUUCAAGAAGUAGAUGAAGAUAAUUUAGAAGAAACAUCAACUGCACAAACAUCGUCAACCUCAAGAACUGAUUUAAGUGAUUUAAACAGCAAAUUUGAAGAAUUUAAAAGGGCGAGAGAUAUAGCGUUAAGUAAAAUAGACCAGGAUUCUAUGGAUGUGAAUAAAAAUCCUGUUCCUUUGACGACUUCAAGAUCUAUGGGGAGGUUGCCUUCGAGGCCAUCCCUUUAAACGCAUCAAUUUUUAUUUAAUAUAAAUAAUAUAAUUUUUUGUUUUCUGUUUAUUUUUUUUAACGUAAUUGUUGUAUCGUGAAAGUGAUUACGAAAUAAUCACUAAAUUUAUUAUUAAAUAAAAAAAGUGUACGUAAAGCAUAUUUUUAUAUAUGAAUAAAUCUGUACAAAUACCUGAAAAAAAGCAAUAAAGAUUUAAAUCAAAAUGUA